ACUUGCACGCGUAUAAUAAACCUUACCGUUUGGGACGCGGUUGUUUGUUUACGAUACAGUGAGAUUGAAGAGAACUAGUGUAACAUUUCAAUGUCGUGUUUUUUAAUCAAAUAAGGUUAAAACUAUCCCACGGUUAUGGAAUUUAAGAUUACUGAUUGGGAAUCACAACGCUACUGAUACGUUUUGAGAAGCAACAGGAGCUUUACCACCUUCAUACCUAGCUAGCUAACUCCUGGCUGGCAUACAGUGCUGAUUUGAUUUUUGCAUCGAUAAACAAAAAUGGUGGAUGCGGAGAAGAGUAUAUCAGCAGCAGAUGACCCUGCUGUUAAAGAGCUGGGUGAGAAGAGAGAGAAUGAGAAAAAGAAGAGAUCUCGAGUGAAACAGCUGCUGGCUGAUGUGAAGAAACAAAUUGAAUUCUGGUUUGAUGAUGUUAAUCUUCAUAAGGACAAAUUUUUGAAGCAGGUCAUCCAACAGUCAAGAGAUGGAUAUGUUGAUAUCUCUCUGCUAACGACAUUUAACCGAAUGAAAAAGUUGACCACAGACAUCAAGCUUAUAGCUCGAGCGCUGAAAAAUUCUAACAUGGUCGAGGUUAAUCUUGAAGGAACACAAAUAAGGCGAAGACGUCCACUUGGGGAGAGUCCAAGAGAUGUAGAUGACCGCACAGUAUAUGUUGAACUCUUACCAAAAGAUGUUACCCACCUUUGGAUUGAACGCGUGUUUAAUAAGUGUGGAACGGUGGUGUACGUUAGUAUCCCCAGAUUCAAGUCCUCGGGAGAUCCAAAAGGCUUUGCCUUUGUCGAGUUUGAGACAUCAGAACAAGCACAAAAAGCCAUUGAGAUGCUGAAUAACCCUGCUGAAGAUGCUCCAAGGAAGGCAGGCAUCUUUCCAAAGACCUCGGCAGGAAAGCCGAUUCCCUUUAAUGCGGUUCAGGACAGCAUACAAGAUGAAGAUGAAGAUGGAAAGAAAAAGAAGAAAAAGAAAAAGAGAACACACAGCGAUCUGAAAGAUGAUUCAGUGGAAGAAAUGUCAACCGAGAAUGUGACGGUCAAAGAGCACGCUGGUGAGGCCGAGGAAACCAACAGGAAAAGAAAGCCAUCCUCAAAAGGUGCUGAGACCGAGAGCGUGGUCGAAACUAAGAAAUCGGACAAGAAGGCAGAAAAGAAAAGACGACGGUCUCACAGUGCAGACGUGGCUAAAAACGAGGGUCAAGAAGACAAGCCAGCUAAAAUAAGGAGAGUGGAAAAGGAGGAGAGUGACAUAGAAGAAUUGGCAUCUGAAGAGACAAUAGAAAAAGAGAAGCGUAAUGGAAAGGAGAAUAGAGAAAAGGAUGACAAGGAAGAUUCAUUGCUGAAGGCGAAGAGGAAGAGAAAGAAGAAACAUAAGGAGAGAAUAAAGAUUGAGGAAGAGGUCAUUCCUCUCAGAGUCAUCUCAAAAAACGACUGGUUGAAGCUGAAGAAGGAAUAUUUAUCACUGCAGAAGCAAUGCAUGGCAAAUCUGAAAAAGAACAUAUCUGACUUCAGUCAAAAAGACAUGGCAUGUGACAACCCAGAAACUUUGGAGGAUGGGAAAUCAUGUGAUGGCAAUCACCCUAAAAAAGAAACGGUUGGACCUAAGUUUGAGAGUGGAGUCAUCGUCAAAAUCACCCACAACAAGCCUUUGCCGAACAAAAAAUGUGUCAAGGAUACUCUGUCUGAGAUAUCUGCAGUGCAGUAUGUGGAUAUCAUCGAGGGAGAUGCAGAGGGUUUCAUCCGCUUCAAGUCACCCGAGGAUGCAAAAGCAGUCAUCACAGCUCGUUCUGAACUACAGCAAAAAUACAACUGGAAUCUGGAAAUUUUAACUGGUGAUCAUGAGCAAAGAUACUGGCAAAAGAUCUUAGUGGACCGUCAGGCAAAACUAAAUCGGCCCAGGGAUAAAAAGCGAGGCACAGAAAAGCUUAUUUCCAAAGCUGAGAAAAUCAUCGUUGCUCGGGCCAAAGAAGCAAACAAACACAUUCGUUUUGAUGACUAAUAGCCUUAAUGACUGUUUACUUUUUAUUAUACAUUGCCAUUAGAAAGAUCCAGGAUCCCCUUGCAAAUGUUAGAUGUUUCUUUUUUUCUAGUUUUAGAACUGAUUUUAUUAAAACUAAAGUAAAACUAGCAAAAAAUGUACUAGUAAAACUUUACUGGUUUUACUGAUGGUAAUUGUUUUUUAUAAACCUGAAACCAUUUAAGAUUUUAUGUUAAAAUAGGUAAAUAUGGUUCCUGGUACAGACAGCCCAAAUGAUUUUUGAAAUGUGUGUUCUGUGUUGGCAUUUUGUUGUUUGUAAAUCUGUUUUUUCUAUGGAAUACUUGUAUAGGUAUGUUAAAUCCUAAGUGGGUCCUAUUUUCUGCUUUGUUAUGGAAAUUAGAAAUGGCCUUCCUGUUAGAUUAUUCCCGGUGCGCCCUGCAAUAUGACUUUUUAAAUAAAUUAUUUUCUGAU